GCUCGUUUAAGGUGCACCGAGGGCACGUUUCGCGUGCACAGCAUUUACGGCGAUGGCAAUUGCAUGUUCCGAGCGAUCAGUUACAUCCUCUGGCGGAAUGAAGACGAGCACCGCUACCUACGUACAAUGGUCGUACAACACAUCAAAGAAAAUUGGCAGGAGUACGGGCCGUUUGUGAUGGCCGAAUGGAACAUAUCCGACCGUCAGACGUACUGCGAUUACAUGAACAUGGUUGGCACGUUCGCCAGCGAGCUCGAGUGCACCGUGGCAACGAAGAUGUACUACAUGAAUCUAUCGAUCUACCGGGAAAUCAACGAAAGGCAAGAGCUGAAACGAGUGUUCCAUAAUCACGUGAGCUCUCGAUACGAGACCGCCAGGCUAUUAUUCACCGGAAACUCGGACAACGGUCAUUACGACGUUCUGUUUCCCGAAUGACGGGCAUUCUUCGACGAAGAGAAUGUCUGUGCCUGAUAUAAAUUCGAUCACUUUCUGUUGUCUCGACGUGCUGCAGAAAUAUUGAAAAAUUAAUGUUCCUUUUUUUAAUUAGGAUAAAUAUCUCUAUUGGUGUCUUAUUUGUUAAUAGUAACGGAAAACACUUGAAUUUUUGCCCCGAUCAUCGUUUGCAGACCAUCGAACUGUCCAUCUUUACUGUGUCCUUUUUUCUAUUGAUUUUAUUUUAUAAAUAAAACUUAUGUAGAAUAAUCGCAUCCCUGGGAAUGGAUCCAUUGCGUGACGAGCGUUAUUCCAUAGUAAACAGCACAGCUGAAAUAAUAAAAUUAAAUUAUUCCCGUCUCAAUA